AUAGCUAGCUAGCUGUGUGUGCACCACAAGGAUACUCAGCCAUGUGUGUAUGAAGAUAGAUAGCUAGAUGUGUGUGCACAGAGAUAGCUAGCCGUCUGUGCCUGAGGAUAGCUAGCUAGCUGUGUGUGCACCACAAGGAUACCCAGCCGUGUGUGUAUGAAGAUAGCUAGCUAGCUGUGUGUGCACCACAAGGAUACCCAGCCGUGUGUGCAUGAAGAUAGCUAGCUAGAUGUGUGUGCACAGGGAUAGCUAGCCGUGUGUGCAUGAAGAUAGCUAGCUAGCUGUGUGCACCUGGGAAUGGAUAGAGAGAGUUUUGUGUGGAUUGGGAUAGGUGGGUGUGCAUGAGGCUAGCUACUUAACUGUGUGCACCGGGGAGGGCUAGCGAGCCAGCACAGCAUAUGACUAAGUACAUGGGGACCACAGCAGCCUAUGACCAGCUGUCAGGGUACAUGGGGACCUCAGCAGAGAGACCGCCAGGCUGCUAGCGGAAGGCAACCAGGCCAAUCACAUCAAUCGCUGCGGCCCUGCUCCCUGUCUGGGCGCAGGGGGUUGUGCUGGGGGUGUGCAGAAGCCCCCUGCCCCCUAUUCCGGGCAGCCAGCGGGGCUCUGCGGGCUGCCGCCUCGGUGAGCGGGGUUAGGCCGCCCCCUGCCGGCCCGAGCAGGGAAGGAGCCCCGGGCCCCCGCCGCACUCCGGCCCCAGGAGCUCUCCGCAGGCAGCCCCAGCAAACAGGCGCCUCCCCUGCACGGGCUCAGGGAAUGGAGUCCAGCCCGUCGGAAAAAGGCAGGCGGCGCUCCGAGACCUGGCACCCGCGGUGCUGCUGCUGCGGCCCCAAACCCUGCUGCUUCUGCUGGCGCUGCUGCAGCAGGUGCUCAAGGAGUCGGACGGUGAGAAGGAGACGAAGAGACGGGUUCGGGCACAAGACAUCCAGUGUCUCCCAGCUGGAGAUCCCCCCGGCCCACGAGGAAAGGCUCACGCUGGAAGAAGCGUCCUCCUGGAAGCGCUCAUUUGAUUGUGUAUUGGCGAGCCCGGCUGGCCGGAGCGUCUUCGUGGAGUUCCUGCGGACAGAGCACAGUGACGAGAACAUGGCCUUCUGGCUGGCCUGCGAGGAGCUCAAGAGGGAGCAGAGCCAGGAGCAGGUCUGCGAGAAAGCCAAGAAGAUCUACCUGGAUUACAUCUCCAUCCUGUCCCCAAAGGAGGUCAGCAUCGAUGCUACCGUGCGCGAGUCAAUCAACAGGUCCCUGGCGAGGCCCAGCGCGCACAUAUUCAACGAGGCCCAGGCACAAGUCUAUGCCCUCAUGCACCGAGACUCCUACCCCAGGUUCCUGAGCUCACCACUGUACAGGUCGCUGGAGCAGAGACUGUCCGCCCUGGCUUGUGACACGUAGCAAAGCCCCUCGCACGCACACGCAUUUCACGAUACUGCCAGCUCCUUCGGCUUCCUGCCAGCUCGUCAAGGCACCGGGGUAGACGGGACAGAGCCUCAGUUCUCUCUUUCUCCGUGGGUGAAGCCACUGGUGUUUUGAUCGCGACACUGAUCUAGAACUUAUUCUAGUCUGUCUGAACCAAACAAGAUGCAACUCAUGCUGGGUUUUGGGAGGAUUUCACUAGGCCUGUAGAGAUGGGAGAGCCCAGGGGUCCUAGAAUUCAGAGCCUUUCAAAGCAUUGCUUGUCCUAGAACUUGGGUGGUAUCUAAGCUGGCGUGGUUCUAGAGCACAGGUGGUAUGUGUGGCCUGGACCAUGGUUCUAGAAUGUGGGUGGUCACAAGCUGGAGUGGGAUCUAGAGUGUGGCUUGUGUCUGAUCAAGGGGUUCUACUACAUGACUUGUACAUGAGUCUGGGCUUCUAGAACAAAGACCACAUCUGAUCUGUGAUGGGGUCUAGAAUAUGGAGCCUUCUAGAACUGUGGGGGCUUUUAGGAUCGUGAAUCUUCUAGAGCUUGAAGCUCUGUGUUUUUGUUUUAGGGACAAGAAAAAUUCUCCACCCAAAAUUAAUUGUAUUUCAGAACUUCUAAGAGUUUCAUAAGCAGUUUUCCCACUUCUCCAAGCCGAGUCAACACGGCUCAGCUAGUCACUUAGUACUGGAGCAGGUUCCAGCUAGCCAGCACAUUUAAAAUCUGGCCAAGUAGCUCACAGGCCCAGCUCUAGGUGGUCACUAGAGAAGAGACUAACAUUAUUCUAUUUAUCAGUUGGGGCUGCCAACAUAUAUUUUGUCCAAUGAAUGCAAAAAAAAAAAUCCGCAGGGGAUUAAUUAAAAAACAUUACUGGGCAAUGACUUGGCUGGUACAUACCAGACAUUACUAGCCACUUGCUAGUCUUCAGGGCCACAUAUGAAAAGGUGGCUACUUGUUUUGGGUGCCUGCCUUUAGCCACCUUGGCCAUGACUUUCAGAGGCAGCGAGCCCCCAUAAUUCUAAUGGGAGUUACAUGCACCCAGAAAAGCGUCUCAGAGGCAUCUUGCGUUAGGUGCCCCAAAAUAAAGCUGCCCCGUCCAAAAAAUCCUGUCUCAAAACGUUGGCUAUUUUAACAGCUCCUCUCAUUGGCGCCGCAAGAUCAGCAAAGGUAUCACUUGUGUUUUAUGAUUUGUGGCCAGUCCUAUCUACCUCAUUCUAAGAGACUGCAACUUCUAAAUGCCCAGGCCCUUGUUAGCGGACAGGACAG